AAAAUACAGCCUCAGACCCGAGUGGAUCACUACCCAGCGACAGAGGUCGGAAGUAACCCUUGUUUCUUGAACAUUUUCGGCUCGGUUAAAAGAAAAUAACGGCUUUUAUGGGAAAUAUGUGUGUUUGUGUAGUACGAUGUCCCAUGUCGGCUUAUUAGAUCUCCCGGAGUGUAUACUACUGAAGAUAUUUUCGCUGUUAUAUGCAGUUGAUUUGCAUAAACUUAGUAGCAUUCAUCCUCGGUUUGCCCGGUUAGUAGGUGACCUGUCUUUGUGGCGCCAUGUGAAUUUUGGACGAACACCUCUGAGUCUCCAGUUCCUCCAUAAAUUUAUACGAUUCCUUGGACCUCAUACCCGCACAAUCACUGUUACUGGUUUUGUCAGAGCCAGCAUUCGACUACACCCGAAAGGCUCACAGUGUAUUUCGGAAGCCUUUCUUACAAGCUUGAAACGGCGUUGUCCUCACCUGCAAGAAUUGAAUCUUCACCGAUGUUAUAUAGAUGCCUCCACAACUAAGUUUUCUGCCCUUCCUGCAUCACUGAAGAAGUUAUCCCUGUGUGGUUCAGCACUCUUCAAUUUGCCUCAGAACCGUAUGGUUGUUGUAACUUCACCAUUUUUCCGGCUGGAGAAACACUUGCCUGUGUUGGAGGAAGUGAUCCUUGAAGGUUGCGGAGCUUGGCUUACUCAGAAAGACCUUACCCUUCUUAUGAGUCAUUGCCCUGCUUUACAGAUUGUGAAUGUAGGGCCAGCCAGAUAUACCCGUACUGGGCAUUGUUCAUGGGACAAGCGAGAUGACAAGCACAGUAGCAGCAUCAUUCUUACAAGAAAGUGGAGAGCUUGAUUGAGUAUGCAGCUUGUAGACCACAAG